UUCUCCACCCAGCCUACCUGCCCCCCGGCAAAUGCCCCUAAUUUUUUACUCACCCUCGUGGCAGAUUCAGGCCUCGGAGUUCACGGCAGCCAUCUUCUUCUCCUUCGGUAAUCUUUGUGUAUUGACGGCCUUUUCGGAAAAUUUCCGAAAAAGACUGAAAAACAAGAUGACUCCCGUGAAUUCCCAUGGCCAGAAUCUGCACGGAGGGGACAGAACUCCUAGUUCUUCUCCAGACGGAGGACCCCUGACAUCUUUGGCCCUGUUUCAAUCAACCUGUGGUCCUGUUCUUACAGCCAGACCCAUUUCCCGGGAGUAUACACAGUCCGCAUACGAUCCUGUUGCUCCAACUUCAGGAAUGUUUCAGUUAUGGAGCAAUGACAUUCCUGUCAACUCGGGGAUCGCUUCCCAUGCUGUGACAUUCGGUGUCCCUAAAGUGCAGUAUCCUGGCCACAUGCAAACUGUUGCCUCUCAUGAGCUCCCAUUAACCCCUCCAGCGGAUCCUACUGCUUAUUCAUUUGAUUUGUCUCCCGUCAAAGUAUUGACUCCACAAAUGCAGAGCAAUGCUGCCUACCAUUUCCAAGACCCAAGUGCAGUGACUCAAGACUUCUCAAGCUUUAUGCAAGGUUCAACCACUUUGACCCAAAGACACUUGAGUUCAACACACAUUGAUGACCAGACAUGGUGGAGCCUGCAGCAGACAAGUCCAAACAAUUUCCCCUCCUUUCAUCUAGCAAACCCAUUGGUUGUUGGGUCACAGCCCCAGUUUGCAGCACUUCUACAGAGCUCCUCCAAAACACUCCUAAACUCAACACGUCGCUGCCGGAGGUGUAAGUGCCCAAACUGCCAAGCAUCUCCAGGCAACGAGGAACCAGGCAAAAAGAAGCUCCAUAUCUGUCAUCUUCCAGGCUGUGGCAAAGUGUAUGGAAAGACUUCCCAUUUAAAGGCCCACUUACGUUGGCAUGCAGGUGAGAGGCCGUUCAUCUGCAACUGGAUGUUAUGUGGGAAGAGUUUCACCAGAUCUGAUGAACUGCAGAGGCACCUUAGGACUCAUACUGGUGAGAAACGCUUUGGUUGCCAGGAGUGUGGCAAGAGGUUUAUGAGAAGUGACCACCUUUCCAAACAUACCAAAACCCACCAGAACAAAAAGAUGAAGUGUGCAGACUCUCCCCUGGAAAAUAUUAAAAAGGAGUAAAAAACCCAAGCAAACUUAAAAUUGCACAUUUUACUCAACAAAAGACUCAGCCUAUGAAUGUUUAAACAUUAGGGACCCUGAACCUGUUGUAUAUAGAAAGGUCCUUAGGUGUCACUCAUGGUGCAAAAUGUUUCCUAAGUUUGUCUCCAUCCCCCAAAAAAGCCAAACGUGAUACAUUUAAAAAGGGACAUGCCUUGGGGUAUUUAUAGACAUUUCGAAAUUGGAAUAUGCCGAGCUUUUCUAAUAUAAAACCUUGCUUGUUUCAAAUGAGUGUGUGUUGUAUAUAAGGGAGUAUUUGUGGGAAUCUUGGUGAUACUGCAUCCCUGUUGUGGUAUCGCUCACCAGUCACUGGAGUCAAUAUUUAUUCAUUUCCUUUGGGAUUAAAUGCUUUUAUAGGACAUCUAUUUAUUGGAUGAGAGGUACCCAACCUGUCAGGGGGGAUUCUGGGAGCUGUAGGGCAGCAGGUUUGCGCAUGUCUCCUUUGGAUAUAAAGCUGCUACUGAUUGUGAGUGUGUGUAUAUACUGCUUUGUUUAUCUAAAUAAAAAUACUUGACUUCUUAUUCAUUCCAUUCAUGCAAUUGUGUUUCAGUUGUUCCUACCAUCAUUUCAACACAUUGUAAGAAAAUAAAAGGAAUUUAAUGAUCCUUUGUAAA